ACGUACAACCUAAACUAUGAAUAUGUUUAUGAAAUGUUGUUAGCUAUCUGGCUAGGAUAGCUUGUUUACUAUCUAAGUUAUCUUCAUCGAUAGCGUAGCUCGGUGCAAAUAGAAUUAAAAUAGCAAGCCGAACGUGUGAGAUAUCUCAGGAUCUAGCAGCCCCUUCUCAGUUUGCAAGCUAAUUUUAGCAAGCUAGCGCGCUAUCUUGCAAUCUUGACAGGUAGCCAGCCCGGUGACUUGGCUAACCAGAUUGUACACUACGCUGUUUAUAUUACAAUUUAAUGCAAACCAGUUCACAUCGCUGGAAGUGGGUAAUUAUAUGAAUUUCAACUACACAUUGGCGGUUCUUGACUAUUUGGUUUAUCUGGCCUACUAUUAGCCACAUAGAAGCGGCAAAAUAUCCUCCCGAGUAGCGGACAAAUAGCUUUCAUAUGUCAAUUACUCUGCUAGGCAGUGAUGUUGAUUUAAUCCAACGACAUUUUUUCAACAUACAGUAUUUAGUCGCUCUCAACAUUGAAUGUUAUUUAUUGUCAGCUGCAGGGUUGUGGCUAGCAGGCAAGCUAAAGGCCAUUUAUCGUCCAACACAGGGGCUAUUCGUGGAUGUCAGGAUAGUGUGUGUACCCCAGUCCUUUCUCAUGGGGUUGUUGACAUCACAGUGCCAGCGGCUCUGAAUCAGUUUCCUUUACACAAAACACGUGCCUUGAAAUCUGGUAAAGAUGUCAAAUUUCUAACUAUGGCCUGAUAAGACUCGCGAGGCGUCGCCAAGCAGGUGCAUGACCAGAGAGGGCGACUGGAAGAUGCCAAGAAGAAAACAGCAGAAUCCACAGCCUGUAAAGUUGGAUUCUGAUGAUGCUUUAGGACUUGAAACAGCUGCAAGCCUCACCUUUGAGAGUGAUCUCAUCCUGGGACAAGAUCUUGUUUUUACCGACCCAGACAACGAUGGAAAAAGCAUAGGACUGGAGAAAUUUGCCGAUGAGCUAAGCUUGCCCGCGUUCUCUCUGCCCGACGAGGAAAGCUCCUCCCCCAGCCGCCUGAGCAUGGAGAGCGACACAGACGAGCCCCGCGCCGACCGCAAUGCACUUACCUCCAACACCAACACUACCAACAACAACACUAGCACCACCCACAACAGCAACAACAGCAACAACACAACAGCCUCCACCACCAACGCCUCCACCUCCGCCUCCACCACCCCCACCUCCAACACCUCCCCCUUCCCCAGCUACCUCUCCUGCCGGGGCUGCGGCCGGCUGCCCGAGGACCCCAUGGGCGUGGACCUGGUGGGCCCCUACUGCCUGCACUGCUGCAAGGCGGGCAGCAUGAUGGGGCUGAGGGACGGGCUGGGCCCCGGGGCCUUCCGCCGGGUGGGACUGGGGAUGGGGAUGGGGAUGGGGCUUUGUGGAGGUGGAGGAGGAGGAGACCUGGCAGGGGAGGGGGGCCUGGGCUCCGACGGGGCGGGCGGCGCCGGUGACGGGCUCCUGAAGCUCCAUUCGUGCCACCUGUGCGGCUUCUCGUCGCGCUACGCCAACCACGUGAAGCGGCACAUGAAGACGCACAACGGCGAGAAGCCGUACCGCUGCCCGCUGUGCGCCUACGCCUCGGCCCAGCUGGUCAACCUGCAGCGCCACCUGCGCAUCCACACCGGCGAGAAGCCGUACAAGUGCCAGACCUGCGCCUUCGCCUGCAGCUCCCUCGGCAACCUCAAGAGGCACCAGCGCAUGCAUGCCGUCACCGGACCUGGAGCUGCCACCGCGGCCGCCACCGCUGCUGCUGCUGCUGCCACCCCUGUUGACCCUGCUCCUGCCCCUGCCCACGCCCACACACACACCACCACACCCAGCCAUGGAGGACACCCAUGCCCAGGCCAUGGUGCAGGUGGUGGUGGUGGUGGUGGAGGAGGAAGAGGUGGUGGUCGGAGCGGUGGAGGCCCACGCGGGGAACACAGCCUGAGGAGGCCUCUUAGGAGUCACAGAGCCAGGGGUGAAGCGGCAAGGACUAGCAACGAUGAAAUGGUGUCCCGGAGUGAGUUGUCCCAAGUCCCGGUGGGUGCAGGCGAGGGGUCUUUCCUGCAUGCCUUUGACGGCCCUCGACCAGAGCAGCAGCAACAGCAACAGCAACAGCAGCAGCAAACGCAUCACCACAGUCAUCAUGCGCCUCAUCCUCCUCACCAUCACCACCAUCACCACCACCACCAGCACCACCACCAGCAACAACAACAUCGCCCUGCUCCUCCUGCAGCCCCUUCUGCUCUCCACACCCCUCCCCCUCCUCCUCAGCCCAGCUCUGCCCAGCCGUCCCAGGUGCAGCCUCAGCCCCCUCCUGCUCCCCACCCUCCAGCCCUGCCGCCGCUCCUCUUCCCCUUCACCUGCCGCCUGUGCGGAGUGGCGCUGGACGACGAGGACGGCUCAUCCGCCCAGAUCUGUGCCCGCUGCACGCUUGAGCUCCUCACCAAGGACACCAGCGCCGGCAUGCCGGGCGAGCGCUCUGCGGCGGGCGGCGGCAGCGAGCGUGUCUACACCUGCGCCGCGUGCCCCUUCCUCACCCACUACCCCAACCACCUGGCGCGCCACAUGAAGACCCACAGCGGCGAGAAGCCCUACAAGUGCCCGCAGUGCGACUACGCCUCGGCACACUUCGACAACCUGAAGCGCCACCACCGCGUGCACACCGGGGAGAAGCCGUACAAGUGCCACCUGUGCGACUACGCCUGCGGCAACCUGGCCAACCUGAAGCGGCACCAGCGCGUGCACUCGGGCGCCAAGCCCUUCCAGUGCGCCCUGUGCAACUACAGCUGCAACCAGAGCAUGAACCUCAAGCGCCACAUGCUGCGCCACACCGGCGAGAAGCCGCACAAGUGCCAGGAGUGCGGCUACACCACGGGCCACUGGGACAACUACAAGCGGCACCAGAAGAAGCACGGCCUGCUGGCCGACGGCUGGGUCAAGGUGCCCAUGCCCGGCGAUGGUGGCGGCAGCGGUGGUGGUGGUCUUGGCGGCAGCAUUGGGGGCAGGGGUGGCAGAGUUGGGGAGGAGGGGGAAGAUGAGGAAGAGGAGGAGGAGGAGAUGAUGGUGGAGGAGGACGAGGAGGAGGAUGUUCGAGUGUGAUGGAUGGAUGGAUGUGGAGAUGUUGAGGGAGGGAAGUGAGGAUCGGGGGAGGGGGGGUGGUAGCAGGUGAAUCAGAUCUGUGUAAUCAAAUAAUCGUAUAGGAGCGAAAGAUACUUUGAGCUCGUUCUUUUCCGGGCAUCCAUUUAAUGUCGGGUGAACGCCCCUUUAGGAGACCUUCGGAGUCUUAAUUGAGAAUAAAUGGAGUUCCGUUAGCGCUGUAGAUGGCGGUAGCGCACUUCUGGUGCAAACACCACAAAAAGAGAAGAAGGAGGGGGCAACGCCCCUUAGGAGACCGAAUUUGAGCACACUCCUUUGCAUUGGAUGGACAGAGUUUGGGAUAUCUUCCUCUCCUAUACGUUUCUUUGGUGUAAUGAUGAGAGUGGAAUGUUGAAGGGACUGACUAGAUUUAAUAGUAGAGUAGAGAGAGACUGAAUUAGGCAUUAGGCAGUUGUACAUUGAGAUCAAUCAGAGGAGAUCAACACGAGCUGUAAAACAGUUGUAUAGUGAGGUUCUUAGAAUGUCAAAAGGAAAAAAAAAACUACCAGCAUAAUCUUGGGUGGUGUUUUUUUGUUGUGUGCGAGUUAGUUCAUGUAUUUAUAUGCGUCCUCAACCGUGUAUUUUUUGUCUGUUACGUUACGUCACAGCAGGAGCGUGUCUGCUGAUAUCCAUUGGCUGCUAUGUUAUAGAAUUGUGCACAACUUUAAAAAAAAAAAAAGGGCAACUAUGUAAACAGACUGGAAUGUUCUGUUGUCUUUGACCAUGAAGUUCAAGGGGAGGUGGAGGGCAAGGUAUCCUGCUUGCCAUCUUGGACAAUAACGUUCACAACUGCACAACCUGGGGAGUUACGUUUGCCAAACACGCCACUGACACUAUUUAUAUAUAUAUAAAAAAACAUUGUAUGCUCCGCGCACUGAUGUCCUAUCUCGGCCUGGACUGCUACGGUUCUUGCACUGCCUUAGCCGGGGAGUGAAGUGGAGACAACAGGCAUGCAGAUCAUUAUGGGAUGCAAGGCUACACUGUGACCUUACGCCAUACCAUUGUUAUCGUCUGUUUGUCUGCCUGCCUGCCUGCCUGUGCCCAAAUACGUUGGACACUCAUGGCCAAUCAUGUUCUUUCUUUGAAGUUGUGUCUUCUUUAUCUGUUACCCCGCCCCCAGUUUAUGUCACUUAUGGACUUAAAGUUUAUUUUGUAACACCCUUAUUGCAAGUUCCAAACUUGUUCCUUUUAAACUCUUGCACCGCAGGGAAUAGAAUUAGAAACCAAGACUGCAUCUGAGUUGUUGGCAAAUAGUCAAGUCUUAAAAAAACUGUGAAAUAUUUUUUGUCUUGACUUUUUUUUUUUGACGUUUUAUCAUUGUUUUGUUAUUGUUUUUUUGUCAUUUGAACUCUGAUAAGCAUGAGAGUGUCAAGUUGAAACAUACUAUAAAUAGCGUUUAUUUUUUUAAACGUGACUGCCUUGAUCCGUUUGAAAGCAUAUUUUUUCAUAAUAUAUAUUGUUUUUUGUUUCUUUUUGUUUCUUUUUUUAAAGUGUCCCUUGUCUGAAGAAUGUUGAACCCACAUCUUAGCUGUCUGAGACUUCUGUUGCUCGUUAAAGGGGGAUUUGGGGGGCGGGGGAGUUAACUGGGACCAUGAUAAUAUGCAGUUUUAAAAAACGUUUCAGGUUGCCAAGAGAUGAUUUGAGUUUGAGGUGAAGGUGUUUGUAGAUGUCCAUGGUGCUGUUGAGUCUUUCUCUUGUAAUUAUGCAGUGGUUUCAUGAUUGCCUUAAGUAUUCUCAAAUUAAAAAUAAGGAUUCAAAUUAA